GUCACUCAUGGGUGGGGGUUGUGUGGUUCAACCGCCUCUCUCAUCGACUUCACCAGUUCAUUUCACGACGGAUAUUCGAAGGUUCAGCAGCACUUCUACAUAGCUGCUUGCUUUCUCGUGGACUACUUGCAAGUAGGGAUAUAUUUUUUGAAUACUGGAAUUAUGCUGUCUGUUUUAGGAGUACGGAAAAGCUGAAAGGUCCUCUGUGACUCCAGCCAGCCUCCCAUUCUGCUGCCACUGCCUUUGAAGUAGGUGUGAAGGAACUGUUGCCCCGGAGACCGUCCCUACCGCCUUCCUCUCCAGUCUGUCAUCACCUCCCAACCGGGGACCAGCCAACAUGGGCAACCAGCUCACAGAGAUCGCCCCCAACACCCCCUUUCUCCCCAGCUUUCAGUCCCUACACGUGGUCAUCAUCGGCCUGGACUCUGCAGGGAAGACAUCUCUCCUCUACCGGCUGAAGCUGCGAGAGUUUGUAGAGAGCAUCCCCACCAAAGGCUUCAACACAGAGAGGAUCAAGGUGGCCGUUGGGAGUUCGCGGGCCACCACCACCUUCCAGGUGUGGGACGUGGGGGGCCAGGAGAAGCUCCGCCCCCUGUGGAAGUCGUACACGCGGCGCACGGACGGCCUGGUGUUUGUGGUGGACGCCGCCGAGACAGAGCGCAUGGAGGAGGCCAAGGUGGAGCUCCAUCGGAUCACCCGCUCGGCGGAGAACCAGGGGAUUCCUGUCCUGGUGCUGGCCAACAAGCAGGAUCUGACUGGGGCCGUGUCCGCCCUGGAGGUGGAGAAGACCCUGGGCCUCCACGAGCUCAGCUCCUCCACGCUGCACCACACCCAGGGCUGCAGCGCUCUGGACGGACAGGGCCUCCAGCCUGCCCUGGAGAAACUCUACGAGAUGAUCCUCAAGAGGAAGAAGAUGCUGCGGCACAGCAAGAAGAAGAGAUGAGGGGGCGGGGUCUGCCCGUGGACUUUGGGUCUGUGAGAUUCCGCUAUGAAGGUGCUUAGCCAUGGACUUAAUUGGCAUUCCUUGGGAAUUUUGUGGGAGUUUUAAACCCCAAAGGACAGGGGAGUGGGAUGUCUUCGAGAAAAGACUGAGGAAAGAAAGAGACAGAUCUGAUGGUCUAUGACAGAUGCUGAACACUGAGCCUUGACUGCCCCUUGAAAGAAGUCACUUGUAUUGAAUGACAUUGCCAUCUCCUUUUAACAAGUACCGUCACAGUUAUUGGCCUAUCCUAAGCAUCCUAAGGGAUUUGUCUCAUAGUUUAACAUCUUUAUAGUUCACUUUGUUGCAUGGAGGUUAACUGCUUGGGACACAACUACUUUUGUAGAUCAAAAGAGGACUACGGUUUGUCUCACUGUUGGGGUGGUGUAGAACUUGAAUGGAUCUCCACAGUGACAUCACUGGCUGAAAGCAGCUAGUUCUGGCCAUGCAAGUUUUACACACCGUUACUCACUUGUCAUGGUAGAUGUGGACAUAGAGGUAGAUGAAGAAGUUAACAGUUUUUACAUUCUGUACAUAUUUUUUUGUAAUACUUAUACAAAAUGAAUAAAUUAUUGAAGACUUUUGAAGACAACUGUU